UAACAAGCUCCCUUUGCCUCCAGUGAGAUCAGCCACGGGGGCGGGCAGGACGUGGUGUGUCGGCACAUCCAGGACUACGUUUCCAUCUGUCAGUCAUCGGGGGCCACUGUUGCCGCGUGGAGAGUGGAUGGCUUCUGUGUCGCUUCCUGUCCCAGCGGGACUCACUACGAGCUGUGCCCGGACACCUGCACCGCCACGUGUGCCCACCUGGCGGCGCCGGGACCCUGCCCCCGCUGCCACGAGGGCUGCCAGUGUGACGGGGACCUGGUGUUCGACGGGGGCCGCUGUGUGCCCACCGAGCGCUGUGGGUGCUCCGUGGAGGGCCAGUACUACAAGUCAGGUGAAUCAGUCCUGCAAGAGGACUGCUCAGAGAGAUGCGAGUGUGGCGCCGGUAUCUUUAACUGCAGCGCUACCAGCUGUCAGAACGAGGACAAAUGUGACGUCCAGGAUGGAACCCUGGGUUGUAACUCGAUCGACCCCUGUGCCGGGGCCAGCUGCAGGGUGAAGGAGCACUGUGAGGUGGAGGAGGGCCAGGGGGUAUGUGUCCCUGACUCUAAGGCGAUGUGCUGGGUCCACGGAGACCCCCACUACAGAACCUUCGACGGCUGGACCUACAGUUUCCAGGGAACCUGCAGCUAUGUCCUCGUCAACACCACAGGUAAAGACCUGGACCUCCCGGAGGUGCUGGUGCUGGGUAAGAACGAGCAGAGGGGGAACUUCCCGGUCUCCUUCCUUCGCUCCAUCACCGUGGUGCUGCUAGGCCACACCAUCGAGAUGCCCAGUGGCCUCAGAGGAACUGUACUGGUUGACGGUAUUAAAGCCGAUUUGCCGGUUGACCUGGCAGGAGGCGUCUCCAUCACCGAGUCUGGGAUCAGGGCAGUCAUCAAAACCGAACUAGGUAUAGAGAUCACUUUCGAUUGGUCUACGGUCGCUACGGUGUCCCUCAGUAGCAGUUACUACGGGAACGUCGACGGACUCUGCGGCAACUACAACGGCAACAAAGAGGACGAACUAAAUACAACCGCAGGAACUCCGUACGCAAACGUGACGGACUGGGCUGUUUCGUGGAGUGUGAGAGACGGGGACCCCUUCUGCUACCACCACUGUGAGGGCACGUGUCCACAGUGUUCCCCCGAGGACCAGAAGCGGUAUGCUGGCCAUGAGUUUUGCGGCAUUGCAGAGGAUAAGAAGGGGCCUUUUGCGAGCUGCCAUCCUAGUGUGGACAUCAAACAGUUUAUGUACGACUGCUUGCAUGAUGUUUGUGUGAACGAGAGGAGACAGGAGGUUCUCUGUGAGGCACUGUCUAGUUAUAACGCUGAAUGCCAGAAGGCUGGAGUCACCGUCUCACCAUGGAGAGAAUUAGCAAACUGUGGAUCGCUGCGUACGACCGAACCAGUGCGGCUGCCAGUUUGAAGGGCGCUACCUCCCGGCUGGGUCAAAGGUGAUCACAGACGGCUGCAAGCGCGUCUGUAAAUGCCAGCAUGGGAUGGUCAAGUGCGUGAACAACAAGUGUCACAAGAAAACCAGUUGUCAGCUCAGGAAAGGGGCGUGGGGAUGUUACAAAGUCCAGAAACAAGGACUGUUAGGGUUCCUUCACAGCGUAUUCAUCGGCUAGUCUAUAUGAUUGGUUACUAUGACAGAAAUGUGAGAUUGUUGACCACUGAUACUUUCCAUCUGGUUCAAAUUACUUCCUUUUGUUUGAUUCCUUCCUGAUAUACAUAUGGAAUUUUCUUGCAUAAAUAAUAAAACACUGUUCCAUUAAAUCUAAUGUAUGGUGUGUAAU